GAGGAGGAACAGCGACGACGACUUGCGGAGCGGCGGAGGCAGGGAUCCGGUGUGCCACAUCGGGAUGAGAGCGAGACAGAGACCCGGGUCGGAUGAGUCAACGAACGGAUUUCACCAUUCAUUUCCUUGAAUUCUGAAUGAGCCUGGACGAAGUUACGGGGUGAAAUAAGAAAAAAAUAAUCAGAUAAUUUUAGCUAGUUGUCAGAUUCCCGUUCCCUUUAUAUUCCGCCCUCCUCUGGUCCGUGUCUGCUAUAGCCCAGUUUGGAUUUGCUCUUCCGCCACCGAGGGAGGUGGGAAAAGAAGGGCUCGGAGAGGCUGCGGAGGAUUCGGACUCGGACUGUAAAUUUUUCUACCUUUUUGUCACAUUGUCAGAUAAAAGAAUUCUAGCCUGUUAUUUCUGAAGCCCUUUGUCGUGUAGUGUGAAGCGAAGAUGUCGGGACAGAGCAUUACGGACAGGAUAACGGCAGCCCAGCACAGUGUAACGGGGUCCGCCGUGUCGAAAACAGUAUGCAAGGCCACCACGCACGAAAUAAUGGGCCCGAAAAAGAAGCACUUGGAUUAUCUGAUCCACUGCACCAACGAGAUGAACGUGAACAUUCCCCAACUGGCCGACUCUCUGUUUGAAAGGACCACCAACACCAGCUGGGUGGUUGUGUUCAAAUCUCUCAUCACUACACACCACCUCAUGGUCUACGGCAAUGAGCGUUUUAUCCAGUACUUGGCUUCAAGGAAUACACUUUUCAACCUCAGUAAUUUUUUGGACAAAAGUGGGUUACAAGGCUAUGACAUGUCGACAUUUAUCAGGAGGUACAGUCGAUACCUGAACGAGAAAGCAGUCUCUUACAGACAGGUUGCCUUUGACUUCACAAAAGUUAAACGCGGUGUUGACGGUGUGAUGAGGACCAUGAAUACAGAGAAGCUGCUCAAAACCAUCCCCAUUAUCCAGAACCAGAUGGACGCCCUCCUGGAUUUUAACGUCAAUGCCAACGAGCUGACUAAUGGAGUCAUCAAUGCAGCCUUUAUGCUCCUCUUCAAAGACUCCAUCAGGCUCUUUGCUGCUUAUAACGAAGGCAUCAUCAACCUGCUCGAGAAAUAUUUUGACAUGAAGAAAACUCAGUGUAAAGAAGGCUUGGACAUCUACAAGAAGUUUCUCACUCGGAUGACUCGGAUAUCAGAGUUCCUCAAAGUCGCAGAGCAGGUGGGAAUUGAUCGAGGUGACAUCCCUGAUCUCUCUCAGUUCACAGUUUGUGCUCCCAGUAGCCUCCUCGAAGCCCUGGAGCAGCAUUUGGCUUCUUUAGAGGGAAAGAAAGUCAAGGACUCCACUGCAGCCAGCAGGGCCAGCACUCUGUCAAAUGCAGUUUCAUCGCUGGCCAGCACAGGGAUGUCUUUCACCAAAGUGGACGAGCGAGAGAAGCAGGCUGCUCUAGAGGAGGAGCAAGCUCGACUCAAAGCUCUCAAGGAGCAAAGGCUCAAAGAGCUCUCCAAGAGGCCGUCGUUUGCCACCACAGACACGUCACCAGUUUCCACCACAGGGGGCACCAUCAGCACAGCACCAACCAUUGACCUCUUCACACCCAGUUGCUCAAACGGUGCGGUGAAGAUGGAGAGCGACCCUUUUGACCUGCAGUCGUCUUUCCAGCCCUCCAUGCAGUCCGGCUCCGCAGGGCUUCCUGCAGCGACGGCGUGGGCAGAUCCUUUCACCUCUACUGAAGCGGGAGAUGAUUCCAUGCCAAACCUUAACCCUUUCCUCUCAAAUCUCGUUGUCGAUGCCACUCACUUACCUGUCGUAUCUUCAGACGGUGUUAGCUUUUCCUCUACGACAUCUGGUCAUGAAGUGUUUCGUGAUUGUUACAAUCCCUUUUUUGACUCAAACUCAUCAGUUUCAGCCAAUUACAAACGCACAGUGCGGAUAGAAUCGUCCGUCUCAGACUCCUUCUGUGGUCCAGUGUCGGUUGCUCAGCACCUCCCACACCAGGCCCCCUUCCCCGCUGAGCCCUCUGCUGUAGCAGGAUACUCAACGCCACAGGCUCCUCCACAGCACUCAGCAGGAGGACUUCAAGUGGACUUUGAGUCUGUUUUUGGAAACAAAGCCGCCGGCAGCAGUAGCCUCAACUCUGAUGAUCUUGCUGGAGGCAUCCUGAAACCGACUCUAGCUGGCUCCAACCAGCUGUCCAAUCAGCAGCCUGAGAAGCUGGUGUCGGAUGACCUCGACUCCUCUCUGGCCAACCUUGUUGGCAACCUCGGCAUCGGGAACGGCACCAUGAAGAAUGACAUCCACUGGAGCCAGCCGGGGGAGAAGAGGAUGACUGGCGGCACCAACUGGCAGCCCAAGGCGGCGCCGACCACAACCUGGAACCCCGUCUCCAUGCCUCCAUCAAUCAUGGCCUUUCCUGCCACCACACCUACAGGCAUGAUGGGAUACAGCAUGCCUCCACAGAUGGGCUCCAUGGGGAUGAUGAAUCCACCCACCAUGAUGUACUCCCAGCCCGCCAUGAGGCCACCCAACCCCUUCGGCUCCGUGUCGAGUGCUCAGCCCUCUGCAGCCUCUAGUCCUUCCAGCCAGAGUCCUCUCCGAGCCCCUGGACAGGACCCGUUUGCACACCUCUCUCUCAAGGAUUUCUUGUAGAGCAUCUCUUUAGAUGCAGUUCAUGUAAUUUGAAUGAAGUGUCUCAGAAGAUGAAGCACUUAGCAGCAAAACGUUGUCCCCGUUGCAGUCUAACUCUUCAGAGAAGCAUCCACACACACACACACACACACCCUCAAAUACAAGACACGCCAACAACACAAUGGUGCACAGACUGUCCAAAACCAUGGUAACCAUGUCCAAAUGACGUAUUGGCGAUAGCUCACACCCUUUUCUCUGUAAUCGAAGCGAAGAGCGACGAUGCUUCUGAACCCCUCCGCCCCUUCGGAAGGACCUCUGAUCCGUUUUACGGUGUACUCUGUAACGAUCGUUUGGGUGCUGAGAAAUUUCAGUGUUGUGUAUUUGAAGAAGCUGCGGUCUGAUGUAAAAGGCUUCAGCGGGGAAGGAGGUGGAAGUAAAAGAAACAAACACCAAGAAGAGCGGUUCUUCUCUUUCUUGAUCCGAUCAUGAGUCAUCCAGAACCCUUGGGUUAUUUAACGGUCACGGAGUAGUGAUGCUAAUGACGUUUACACCCCUUUAGUUUCUGUCUUUUUUACCGUGUUUACAGUAGACAUUCCUAGUGUGUUUGUAUUUAUUUAUGUUUAUUGGUUAAGGUUUGUGUGUGUGUGGGGGGGGGGGGGGGAUAAUAAUGUAAAAUCUACCGUACGUUGAACACAUGUGGGAGUGCUUCAGCAUUAAAACAAGGAUCCCAGACUAUCAUUAAGAGGUAGAGUUGAAAAUAGAUAUAUAAAAAUUACACCUUAUUAAGCGGAAUGAUAGAGCACUAAAUAUUCAGUUUUGUGUUUAAGAGAAGUUUUUACUAGAUGAAAGGUUCCACCUUCUCCAUCGUACUCGCAGUGCCGGGGUUAGAGUACGAGUUAACCGUAUAAAUAGUGUGCCUAUAGAGUUUAACUUUGCGAUGGAUCUGAAAAUCACUUCAUCCACGAACCGGAAGCGACGCACUGGGUGGUGGGCUCCAUUUGCUUUAAGCUUGGCAUGCCAUUGACUCACUGACUGUAAUCAAGGCUGCCUUUACUCUGAAUGUGAAAGAGUUGUCUUCAUGUUGCACACAUCUUUCCACGCUGCAGUUCCUCAGCCAGAGGAGUGAGGGUGUGAGGAGGCGGGCCGGUGGGGCGGUGCUUGCUGGUUAGUUUUGAGGCGGCAGGAAGACGUGAUUGGGUGUAAAUUAAUGUAUAAAUAAAAGAUGCAGAGGAGCGGGGCCCGAGCGGAGCCGCACUGUUGAUCGGUGCGAUUGUGUAUAUAAACACUGACUGUUCUUUGAGCGCAAAAGGUGAAAGAUGUAUGAAAUAUGAAAGCAAUUCAAUCAAAUUUGACUCUACCUAAGUUUGAUUCAGGAUCUUCUCUGCGUUUGUCUCAGCAGAUAUUUUCUGUAUGUAAUUAGAUAGUGUAGCAGACAACGACUGAAGUCUUUCUUUCUUUUUCAAAUAAAGAGCAGCUUCCACAAACA